AUGCAGAGAAUGAACUUCACAGAAGUGACAGAAUUCAUCUUCCUGGGAUUCUCUAUCUUUGGAAAGCACCAGAUAACCCUCUUUGUGGUUUUCCUAACCGUCUACAUUUUAACUCUUGCUGGUAACGUCAUCAUUGUGACUGUCAUCUGUGUUGACCAGCAUCUCCACACCCCCAUGUACUUCUUCCUGAGCAUGCUAGCAAGUUCAGAGACAGUGUACACACUGAUCAUUGUCCCACGAAUGCUUUCUAGUCUGAUUCUUCAUAACCAGCCCAUCUCCUUGGCAGGCUGUGCAGCCCAGAUGUUCCUUUUUGUCGUCUUGGCCAUUAAUAAUUGCUUCUUGCUUACAGCAAUGGGCUUUGACCGCUAUGUGGCCAUCUGCAAGCCCCUGAGGUACACAGUCAUCAUGAACAAAGGAAUGUGUGCCGUGUUGGUGUGUGGGUCCUUUGGCAUUGGUCUGGUUAUGGCAGUUCUCCAAGUGACAGCCAUGUUCAGUUUGCCCUUCUGUGGCACAGUGGUGGACCACUUCUUCUGUGACAUUCACCCAGUCAUGAAACUUUCUUGCAUUGACACCACUAUCAAUGAGAUCAUCAAUUAUGUUGUAAGUUCAUUUGUGAUUUGUGUGCCCGUGGGGCUGAUAUUGAUCUCCUACAUCUUUAUUAUCUUCUCCAUCCUUAAGAUCGCCUCAUCCAAGGGCCGGAAGAAGACCUUUGCCACCUGUACCUCCCACCUCACUGUGGUCAUUGUGCACUAUGGCUGUGCCUCCAUUGCCUACCUCAAGCCCAAGUCAGAGAACUCAGUAGGAAAAGACCUUCUUCUCUCUGUGACUUACACCAUCAUCACUCCCCUGCUGAACCCUGUUGUUUACAGUCUGAGAAACAAGGAGGUCAAGGAUGCUCUGUGCAGAGCUGUGGGCAAAAACAUUUCUUAA